UAGAUUGGUGGGGAAGAAAGGAAGACAAGAGGAAGGUUAAAGAGUGGUAUCCUCCUGUGUCUAGUCCAUUGCCAUUUCCUUUUCUCUUACCUUUCUAUCAGCCACUUUGGAGUGCUAAAGCCAUUCUCCGUUUCAACCCUUCCAUAAAACAAAAGCAUCAAAAUCCAGAGAGUCAUGGUUUCUGGAUGGAGAAGGACGUUUUGCACAUCCAACAAAAUGCCCGAAAACACCAACCCAUUACCAGAAAACAGUUGUGAUUACGAGAACGCCCAUCCAACUCCCAAAAUCACUUCCACUUUCUCACUCUUCUCCACUCCCUCGUCAAUUCCACACUCAGAGUCUCGCCCCACCCUCCGUUGCCGAACCAAUUCACCACUCUCCAAGCACCAAUGCAACAACAACAACAACAACAACGCUACAACACCCUCUCCCACGCCGUUUCACCUCUUCACUCCCUCUUCCCCGAGACCCUUACGCUUAUCCAAAAGCUCAUGCGGAAUCUGCACGCAGACCGUGAAAACCGGCCAAGGAAAGGCAAUUUUCACUGCAGAGUGCUCUCACGUCUUUCACUUCCCAUGCAUAGCAGCUCACGUCAAAAAACACCGAAUCCACACCUGCCCCGUCUGCAACGCUAACUGGAACCAACUUCAAACCGCAGAUGAAAACAAACCACACCACACCAAAACGACUAAGUCGUUUAAGAUAAACAACUACAGCGACGACGAGCCACUCAUGUCGCCAACUUCGCUCUCGCGUUUCAAGCCCAUACCUGAAUCCAACGAGAACGAAGAAGAAGAAGAAGAGGAGGAGGAGGAAGAACAAAACCAUGAACCAGAAAGCUUUCAUGUCUCCUCAUCGCUCAAAACCAGAAACAUCGACGCCAGCUUCGCUCCAGAGGCUGCGAUUGUGGCAUCCAAUCGGAGCUCCGAGACAUAUGUUGCGCUGUUCAAGGUGAUGGCCACGCCGCGCAAAGCGGCGGCUAGUCGACCGCCUGUGGACCUUGUCACUGUGCUCGACGUCGGAAACACUGUCUCCGGUAAAGAGCUUCGGAUGCUGAAACGUUCGAUGGAAGUUGUGAUCUCCUCGCUUGGCUCUGCCGACCGUCUCUCCAUCGUCGCAUUCUCUGGUGCCUCGAAAAGGCUGUUUCCGCUGCGGAGGAUGACAGGCCGCGGUCAGACGGCGGCGCGGCGAGUCGUCGAUGCGCUUGCAGCCGUCGAGCUCCAGCGCGACGGAACACCGGCUAGAAACGACGCGCUGAAGAAAGCGGCGAAGGUUCUGGAAGAUCGACGCCAGAAGAACACCGUUGCCAAAAUUAUUCUCCUCACAAACGGCCACGAGGAUCAGCGGUUAUCCACCACGCGCUUCGCGGUGCGUUCCCUCAAAUACUCUCACGAUGGCGCGUGUGACGACUCGCAGCAUGACUCCGAUUUCGCUACACGCGUGGGGAAUUUGUUGAGCGUGGUGGCAGAGGACUUCAAACUUGAAUUAAAACUAGCUCCUCGCUCGGCCCCGGCGGAGAUCGCUGCCGUAUACUCUGUGGCCAAGGGUUGCACCGAUGCUUUCUCGCCGGAUUCAGUCGCCCUCGGCGAUCUAUACGCGGCGGAAGAGAGAGAACUGCUGGUGGAGUUAAAAGUGCCAGCUGGCACAGCUUCUCGUGGGUCCCACCACCGUUUUAUAUCCGUACGGUGCUCCCACCUUGACCCCUUCACUCAAGAGCUUGUUAAUUCCAAGGAGCGUGAGCUAAUCGUUCCGCGACCCCACACUGUUCGAUCGUGCGAUCCCAGGAUCGAGCGGUUGAGGCGUUGCCACCUCAGCGCUCGUGCAGUAGCCGAGUCGAGACGGUUGUUGGCUCGCAAUGAUGUGUCAGGCGCGCUUCAUUUGAUAUCAUCAGCUCGAGCCUCUCUGAGCCGCAAACAAGACGAUGAGUGUUUGAGCUGGCUUGAAGCCGAACAAGCCGAUUUGAGGAGCCAAAAGUUAAGAAUCGAUAGCAGUUUGCUCGAGGAAAAAGGAGAGCCGCUCACGCCGAUGUCGGCUUGGAGAGUAGCCGAGAAACUGGCUAAAGUGGCUAUUAUGAGAAAGUCCAUGAACAGAGUUAGUGACUUACAUGGCUUCGAGGAUGCCAGAUUUUAAGUCUAUUUUUUUAAUGUAUCUAUUUUUUUUGUAGUUUGUAGAGGCAAAAUAUAAAUAAAGUGUUAAUAAUAAAAAUACCGUUUUCCUGUUUAUUAUGUAUGGUUAAGAAAGUUAUAAAGCA